AUGUCUGAUACCGCGGGCAAGCCCAUCGUCUGCAAGGCCGCUGUGUGCUGGGGCGCCGGCGAGCCGCUCAAGCUCGAGGAGGUCGAGGUUGCGCCGCCACGCGCGCACGAAGUGCGCAUCAAGAUCCUCUGGACUGGCAUCUGCCACACCGACGAAUACACGCGAAGCGGGAAGGACCCCGAGGGCCUCUUCCCCGUCAUUCUCGGACAUGAGGGCGGCGGCAUUGUCGAGUCCGUCGGCGAGGGUGUCACCAGCGUCGCUGUGGGCGACCAUGUCAUCCCUCUCUACACCGCCGAAUGUCGCGAGUGCAAGUUCUGCAAGAGCGGCAAGACGAACCUGUGCGGCUCCGUUCGUGCGACGCAAGGCGCAGGUCUCAUGCCCGACAAGUCCGUGCGCUUCACCUGCAAGGGCCAGCCCAUCCAUCACUUCAUGGGUACGUCGACGUUCUCGCAAUACACCGUCGUCGCCGACGUCUCUGUGGUCGCCGUCGACAAGAAGGCGCCUCUCGAACGCGUCUGCCUGCUUGGUUGUGGUAUCACCACCGCCUGGGGUGCCGUAGUGAAGCAGCCGGGCAUCAAGGGCUCGAGCGUCGCCGUCUUUGGGUGUGGUGCUAUCGGCCUAGGUUGUAUUUCGACUGCUGCUCUCGUUGGCGCGUCGCGCGUCAUUGCGGUCGACACGAACCCUGGCAAGGAGUCGUGGGCGAAGAAGUUCGGUGCUACCGAGUUCGUGAACCCAUCGACUCUGCCUGAAGGCAAGCGCAUCCAGGACCACCUCGUCGAGAUAACCGAUGGCGGUCUUGACUUCACCUUCGAUGCAACUGGGAACGUGCAUGUUAUGCGUGCCGCGCUCGAGGCUUGCCACAAAGGAUGGGGUGUCAGCACCAUCAUCGGUGUUGCUGCCGCCGGUCAGGAGAUUUCUACUCGUCCCUUCCAGCUGGUUACCGGUCGUACCUGGCGUGGAUCCGCGUUCGGUGGUGUCAAGGGCCGCACCGAGAUCCCUGGCCUUGUCGAGGACUACCUCCAGGGUAAAGUUAAGAUCGACGAGUACGUCACCCAUAACCGCACGCUCGCAGAGAUCAACGAGGGCUUCCAUGACAUGCAUAGCGGAGAGUGCAUUCGUUGCGUCGUCAACAUGUCCUAA